AUGGCUUUACUGAGUGAGCUUCCCUUAGCAAUCCUCACCACCAUUUUGAUUCUUCUCCCACCUGAUGUCCUCAUGAAGCUGAUGACGGUUUGCAAAAGUUGGAAGGAGAUGAUUGAGAACCCGAUUUUCGCGAAGCAGUAUUGGAAGAUGGCGGCCUCCAGAGGCGAAGAUCACAUAAUGUUCCUUUCCAGGUAUCAUCCUGGUCCUGAUCAACAGUCAUUCAGCUUGCUGAAUGGCAGAACUUUCGAGAUAGAUUCUCCAUUGACGAUUCCGCCAGCUCUCCAGCGGUGGAAGAAGAAUCUAAGGGCUGUUGGUUCUUGUCGCGGAGUGGUUUGUGUUUCUGAACUGACCUCUUUCGGAUUCAACUUGUAUCUGUGCAAUCCUUCCAUUUGGAAGUAUUGGACACUUCCGCCUUCAGGAAUCAAUGUAAGUCUUGCGAAAACUGUCUUUUUGGGAUUUGCCUAUCAUUCUCAAGAAAGCGAUUUUAAGGUUGUUAGACUCACUUAUGGAGUGUUUAGGAAUGAUUUUCGUUGUAGUAGAACACAUGGACAUGAUAUCAAAGUUGAGCUUUACUCGUUUGUGAAUAAUUCCUGGAAGGAUAUCGAAGUAGGGUUUUUCCCUUGGUACAUUUCUACCCCAACUUCAGAAGUAUUUGUUGCCGAAUCACUUCAUUGGAAAGUGCUAUUCGGCGACAACCAAAUGCAAACUUUUAGAGCUAAGAUAUUAGCGUUUGAUUUUAGGCAUGAAUCGUUCAGGGAGAUUUCUGUGCCCUCAGAUUCCGGGAUUUCAAGAUUAUGUGAUCUGGAGUUCUUAGGAGUAUUUAGGGGUUUGCUUGGGGUUUUAUCUUAUUGUCCUUACAAUGAGGGUGUUUAUGUUGGGGAAAAUCGGGAUUUGUGGGUAAUGAAUGAGUAUGGGAACCCAGAUUCCUGGAUUAAACUUUAUACAAUUACAUUGGACAUCGGUGUAGAGAGGCCAUUGAUGUUCACUGAGGCUGAAGAAAUCAUUUUCCUUGAUAUUGGAAGAUAUGCUUUUGUUUGGAACUUGGUCACUCGGAAUAUCGCUUACCUUGGAGUUAGGGUGCCAAGUGAAUCCGAUUUCUUCGUAUUCACCAAAUCAAUGACCCUGGUGGAUAAAACCAAUGAACCCAUUCAAGUUUAG